GGUGUUCUUAGAGUAAAGACCCAUCUACCUAAACCUAACCAAAUUCAAAAUAAUUCAAAAUUAUUAUAUCUUUGAAUCCUUAAAGAAGAUAUUGUUAAUAGUAUAGUGUUUUAAACAAAAUAAUUUUUUGUUUUAUUUUAUAAAAAAAAAAACUUUAAUUUAUUAAAUUGUUAAAUUGUCAGUGAAAGAAAAUAAACAAUUUUUGUCAAAAAUAUUUUGACCAUUAUUUUUUGGUCCUUGUUGAGGACACAUUUAUUUGUGUUUUUUUAAUUUUUUUGAAGAAGGAUUUUUGGAAGAAAUUUCUAUUUUUUUUUCUUUAUUUUUUUUGUUUAUAAAUAAUAAUAAUAAAAAAAAUGUGUCGGUGUUUGAAAAUUAUUGCCGCCUUGUGCUUUAUCAGUGCGGGUUGUUUGCAUAGUGUAAAUGGUAUACGAUCGAGGAGAACCUCGAUUGAAGAUCAAACUGUCGAAUCUGUUCGUGUUGAUAUGAAAGAUGAACGUGUUCUACGAUUAUUUAAUCUAACUGCUGAUGAGUUGAAGAAGAGAACUGAAAGUUUGGCUGCCGCUAAAGCUGGAUCCACAAUUGCCCCGAAAGAUAAUCAACGUUUUGUUAAUAUUAAGGACUAUAGAUUUGAAGACAUACGCAACAGAAUUCAAAUGGCUGUUAAUGGUCAUGGAACGAUGUCAAGUGAAAAUUCUGAUAAUAUUCAACAUGAAAUGGCUGCUUAUCCAAUAUGUAAUUCAAAUGAAUCAUCUUGGCAGGAUGAUCUGAAUGUGACCAUACGUUUUUCGGAUAGUUUAUUUGAAUCGAAAUCGAAUGCAUUGUAUUUGGAAAGUGCGAUUCUAAGACUCUACAAACUUAAUCCAAAUAACACAGCUGAACCAACUGCUCCAACUAAAGGAUGCGCUGAACCCAAUAUCGAUUCUCAAAUUCGUGUCACUGUGUCAAUCGUACUCCGCAAAAAUCGCCGAGAGAAAAAGAAGCGCAUCUGUAACACUUUAAUGAUGAAUGUCUCACAAACUGGCUGGGUUGAAAUUGAUAUUAAGCGUGCCAUUCAUAUUUGGGAAACUGUUGAACGUCAUCGUGCCAGUUCGGUUCUUGUUGGCUGGUUAUUAAUUGAAGUUCAUGAUGAAGAAGAUCGUCCAAAGAAUGCUGGUCUUUAUUUCAGACCACCUAAAUGCGAUCAGGCAGAUUAUGCAAUCCCCUGGAAUUUUUACCGAUCUUACUCAACUUUGCCUACACCUUUUACGGACAAAGUGCCCACGUACCCAAGAAUAGACAUCAAAUUAAUAAGUUCUGAAGCCGUUUUACUACCCCAUAAUCCAGACGCUCGUCCAAAUUCUAAUCUCAGCCGUGAACUCUAUCGCAUUUCAAAUCACAAUUCAGAGGAAUCAACCACAUCAAUAACACCCACAGACAAUCUCCUAGUUCCAUCAGAUUCAACAGACAUUCAUCGACACCGACAACGACAUGCCAGACAUCAUCAUCAUCAUUCGCAUAAUUCGACUCCAAAUGUUGACGGAAGUGUUCCUGCUGCUGCUGGUGCAACUGCUGCCACAGGAAGUACACGAUCGGAUAUGUCGAGUGAAGAAGUCGGUGGUCAUACGUCGUCAGAUUGUUAGUCAAACAAAACAAAACAAUCGAAAAAGAUCCAAUAAUGAAUGAUUUUUUAAGUUUAUGGAAUUUUUAAAACAUAUCAUGGCGUGUCGACGAUAAUAAGCCAGUGAAAUUUGUGUCUUGUUUUUAAUCUUAAAAAUAAUUUGUUAUUGAGAUGAGCCAAUUACUUAAUUUUUUUUUUAAUUCAUCAAUAUGGUUGUAGCAAAAAUAAGUUUAAAUUUUGGGAAAAAAAAAUAAUAUAAUUUAUUAUGCGUUUAGGUUUUAGAGUGAAAAUGAAAAAAACAACAAACGCAUUUCCCGUUAUUUGUAAAUAGUAUUUUAAUUUUUUAAAUUUUUUUGUUAAGUAUUUUACCUCGCAUUUAGUUAAACGUGAGUUUUCUUUAUUAUAAAUUUGGUCGAAUAUAUUUAUGACUAGUGAUUUAAAAAACUACCUCUCGAAAUUUGAAAAACAAAAAAACAAGAAAUGGAAAAUUAGAAAAAUUUAAUUGUUUUUUAAUUUUAUUCAUAAUUUUUUAUUUCAACUACAUAAAUAAAGUAUCUGGCAACCUUUGAAAACUAUUAAGUAUUAAUCAAGGAAAUAAUAAAAUGCAACCCGUGAAAAAAAAAUCAUAAUUAAAUUAUUAUCAAAUUUUGUUAAUUAAAGCUAGAAAUAAUUUAUUCUACCAAAUUUUGUUUAAAAAAAAAAUUAUUUUAAGGAGACUGUGAUUUGUAUGUGGUUGAAAGAAACUCUAUUUGUGUAAAAAAAAAUAUAUGUGCGUGUCAAUAUAAUUUUUGUGCUUAAAUAAACUAUGUCAAGUACAUAAUUAAAAUUUAGGUAAACAUAUAAUUGAACAUCUAUCAAGGCAUAAAUAGUUUUAAAAUUAGAAAUAAGUUAUUUUUAAAUAAAAUUAUUAUUUUAAUUUUUUUUUUUUACUUAAGAUUGAAAUUUGAAUGCUAAUUGAGUUAAGCCUUAUGUUUCUAUUUAAAUAAUUAUAUGGAAGAAAAUUAUUUUUUUUAAUUUACAUAAAACUAGUUUCAAUUUAUUAUUAAUGGGU